AUGCGAUUCUCCGCAACAACUCUCUUGGUCUCCGCCCUGGGGUGGUUUUCCGCCGUCGCUGCACACAACAUCCAACUGAAAGCGCACUCGAGAGAAUGCUUCCACGAGGUAUUGCACAAGGAUGAUAAGAUGACCGUUACCUUCCAGGUCGGUGACAGGGAGUUUGGUGGGAGCGGAAACCUCGAAAUCGAUUUCUGGGUCGAGGAUCCUCAGAAGAACCGCCAGUACUUCAGACAAGCCGUCUCAUCGGAAGACUACUCGUUUACUGCCCACGCCGACGGAAAAUACGUCUACUGCUUCAGCAACGAGGGCUGGACCUCUAACUCCAAAGAAGUGUCGUUCAACGUCCAUGGAAUUGUCUACGUACCGGAAUCUGAAAUGGCUCAGGAUCCUCUGGAAGCUGAAGUUCGCAAACUAUCGGAGGCUUUGGCUCAAGUGAAGGAUGAACAGUCCUAUAUCGUCGUUAGAGAGCGGGUACACCGAAACACGGCCGAGAGCACAAACGCCAGAGUGAAGUGGUGGAGUAUGUUCCAGCUUGCUGUGCUCAUUGGCGAGGGCAUCUUCCAGGUCUGGUGGCUGAAGAGAUUCUUUGAGGUGAGUUAUAGGUGA